GCUCCCGGCGGCCGGGCGGACUCCGCACUGCCCAGCUCUGCGCGGCCAUGGACGGGCGGGCGGGCAGCGCGCGGCCCGGGGAAGGCCAGGGGCCGCCCCCGGCUCAGCAGCCGCCGCCCCCGCCGCAGCCUUCGCCGCAGCAGCCCCAGUGUCAGCCUAAGCCGGAGCCGCCGCCGCAGGAACCGCAACCGCCGCCGCCGCCGCCGCCGCCGCAGCAGCAGCAGCAGCAACUUGAGCGGGAGCGGGAGCGCGAGCCGGGCCCGGGCGGCUCCGGGGGUCCCGGCAGUCCCGGGGGUCCGGAGCCCGCAACGGAACCGGAGCCCGGCGGCCGGGCCCGGGGCAGCCUGGGAGCGCGGCCCGGGAAGCCGCCCCCCGGCCCGGCCGCGGCCAAGGGCAGCCCGAACGGCGAGUGCCGGCGCGGGGGGGAGCCUCCGCAGUGCAGCCCGGGCCCCGGCCCCGGCCCUGGCCCGGGCCCCCCGGAGGAUGCGGCCGCCGCCGCCGCAGCAGCCGCGCGGGGCCCCAAGGUCUCCUUCUCGUGCGCUCCCGGUUCCGGCCCUGCCUCGGGCCCCGGCUCCCCGGGGCCCGCGCUCAAGGCGGGCGACGAGGCGGGGCCCGGGGACUGCGACGAGGCCGGCCCUGGCGGGGAGGCGCGGGGCAGCCAGGCCAGCUUCCUGCAGCGCCAGUUCGGGGCCAUGCUCCAGCCCGGGGUCAACAAGUUCUCGCUGCGCAUGUUCGGCAGCCAGAAGGCCGUGGAGCGGGAGCAGGAGCGCGUCAAGUCGGCGGGGGCCUGGAUCAUCCACCCCUACAGCGACUUCAGGUUCUACUGGGACUUCACUAUGCUGCUCUUCAUGGUGGGGAACCUCAUCAUCAUUCCCGUGGGUAUCACCUUCUUCAAAGAGGAGACCACAGCACCGUGGAUAGUGUUCAAUGUGGUCUCAGAUACCUUUUUCCUCAUGGACUUGGUUCUGAACUUCCGCACUGGCAUCGUCAUAGAGGACAACACUGAGAUCAUUCUAGACCCUGAGAAGAUCAAGAAGAAAUAUCUGCGCACGUGGUUCAUGGUGGACUUCGUGUCCUCCAUCCCUGUGGAUUACAUCUUCCUCAUUGUGGAGAAGGGCAUUGACUCAGAGGUCUACAAGACUGCUCGCGCCUUACGCAUUGUCCGAUUUACCAAGAUCCUCAGUCUCCUGCGCCUGCUACGCCUCUCCCGCCUCAUCCGCUACAUCCACCAGUGGGAAGAGAUCUUCCACAUGACCUAUGACCUUGCCAGUGCCGUCAUGCGCAUUUUCAACCUCAUCAGCAUGAUGUUGCUUCUGUGCCACUGGGACGGCUGCCUUCAGUUCCUGGUGCCCAUGUUACAAGACUUCCCUAAGAACUGCUGGGUCUCCAUCAACGGCAUGGUGAACCACUCCUGGAGCGAGCUCUACUCCUUCGCCCUGUUCAAGGCCAUGAGCCACAUGCUCUGCAUCGGUUACGGGCGCCAGGCCCCCGAGAGCAUGACAGACAUCUGGUUGACAAUGCUGAGCAUGAUCGUGGGGGCCACCUGCUACGCCAUGUUCAUUGGCCACGCCACGGCCCUCAUCCAGUCCCUGGACUCCUCUCGGCGCCAGUAUCAGGAGAAGUAUAAGCAGGUGGAGCAGUACAUGUCCUUCCACAAGCUGCCCGCUGACUUCCGGCAGAAGAUCCAUGACUACUAUGAGCAUCGCUAUCAAGGCAAGAUGUUCGAUGAGGACAGCAUCCUGGGAGAGCUGAACGGACCCCUGCGAGAGGAGAUCGUGAACUUCAACUGUCGGAAGCUGGUGGCCUCUAUGCCUCUCUUUGCCAAUGCAGACCCCAACUUUGUCACAGCUAUGCUGACCAAGCUCAAAUUUGAGGUCUUUCAGCCCGGGGACUAUAUCAUUCGUGAGGGCACCAUUGGCAAGAAAAUGUACUUCAUUCAGCACGGCGUGGUCAGCGUCCUCACCAAGGGCAACAAGGAGAUGAAGCUGUCAGAUGGCUCCUAUUUUGGGGAGAUCUGCCUGCUGACCCGGGGCCGGCGAACGGCCAGUGUCCGGGCUGACACCUACUGCCGCCUCUACUCCUUGAGUGUGGACAACUUUAAUGAAGUGCUAGAGGAGUAUCCCAUGAUGAGGCGGGCCUUCGAGACGGUGGCCAUUGACCGGCUCGACCGGAUUGGCAAGAAGAACUCAAUCCUUCUGCACAAGGUCCAACAUGACCUGCAUUCAGGUGUCUUCAACAACCAGGAGAAUGAGAUUAUCCAGGAGAUUGUAAAGUAUGACCGGGAGAUGGUGCAGCAGGCAGAACUGGGCCAGCAUCCUGGGCUCUACCCAGCGGCCCAGCCCCAGGUCACCUCGGCCAUCGCCACUCUGCAGCAGGCGGUCGCUAUGAGCUUCUGCCCGCAGAUGGCCAGCCCUCUGGUGGGUCCCCUGGCACUGAGCUCCCCCCGGAUGAUGUACGCCCAGGCUGUCCCCAGUCCCUUCUCAGUCUCGCCCAUUCUCUUCCAAGCCCCUCCACCUCCUCAGCCCCCUCCUCCCCCUGCCACGGCCAGUCCCCCUUCACAGAGCCCACGGGCUAGCCGGACCUUCCCAUAUGGGGCCAAGGGCGAGUCAGGUUCCCAGCUCUCACUAGGCCCUGCCCGAGCCCCAGGCUCACCCCAGAGGCCCGCUGCCCACAAGAGCACACAAGCCCUGCACACGCCCUGCCUGAGCCAUGAGUCCAGGCCUCUGUCUGCCUCCCAGCCAUCCCUGCCCCAGCCCUCAGGCCCCACCCCUGGCCCCCCACCCAGCACCUCCCGGGAAGCAAGCAGCUCCACUCCACGCCUGGGACCUGGCCCAACCCGCCUUGCCCUGCCACACCAGCUGUCCAGUGGCUCCGUGUAUGCAGGCCCAGGCCCAGCCCCAGCCCAGGACUCAGGGGCCACCCGAAAGGAUUCUGCUGCCAGCGCUCACGAAGUGGACUCAGCCAGAUCAAGGCUGUCUUCCAACUUGUGACCCUUGCUUGGGCCUAGGAUGGGGCUGAUAGCUGGGGCCAGGUUGGGGCAGAGGUAUUCACUGCCUCCUCUCUCCCUCACCUCCCCAGGACUGAGGUGACCCAGAGGGGAGCUUCUGGGGGGACCAGGACCUGGGCCCCCCCUCCUCAGCCUGGCUCAGUCCUGUCAUCCAAGACCAAAGCCCUGUCUCAUUCCUGCUGACGUUCAAGAGAGCUUUUGCUCUCUUAUCUGCAUCAUAGAAGCCAUAGACCUUUAGCAUAGACAUCCGUGUGUGUCCGUCUGUGUGUGUCUGUGUGAGUGAGGGGGCCUGAGCUCAGGCAAGGUAGGCGAUGGCUAAGUUCUUCACGUAACCCUCUCCCCAGCCCCCGCCGACUUCCCAUCCCCAUACAUCUCACUCCUGGUUCAUCAGAGAGAAGGCUUAUCUGUGCCUCCCAGGUCCCUCUGUCCUUCCCCAGGCUGGCACUGAGGCCUUGCUUUGCCUCUCCUAGAGAACUAUAGGAUAUAGAAUAAACUGUAGAAAGUAGAACAUAGGCUAUCAGAGCUGGAAGCGACCCUAGAACAUAGGAUGUCAGAGUGGGAAGGGCCUAAGAGACUAGCUAGCACCCCAUUUUUUAAAAUGGGGAAACUGAGAUUCACAGAAAGGAAAGGAUGUAUACAAGGUCAUCCCAUCAGGAGUGGCAAAGCCCUAACUUGAACUGAGUCCAAGACUAGGGGUCUUCCCAUUGUGCUAUGUUGCCUAUCAGACCUAGUCUGAUAGGUUUCCUGUUCCUCUAAAAAUAAAACAUAAUUUUAAACAAUGGAAAAGGGGCCUCCUACCAGUUCUCCACUCUCAUCCCUGCUUCUCAAGAUGUUAGGGACUCUGGCCCCUUGCUUUCCUUCCUUUCUCCUCUGAGCCACCCUCGGCAUCAAGGUUAGGGGGGCUUAUGUCACCUCUGUGCCUCAGUUUCCCCAUCUGUAAAAUGGGGGGAGAAUGCUACCCUGCCUCUCCUAGGGUAGGUGCUUGGGGAUCCUCAAGGGGUGGUGGUCCACUGGCUACUGUCCCUUGGAUCUCUUCCCAGAAACCCCAAACAAGGCCAGGGUUGUCCCAUUAUUCCAGGGACAUCGAGGUCAGGCAGCUUUGCAGAGGCCCCCUUGCCCUGGUGUGUGUUCUCCUAGGUCCACGUCCCUGUUUGUUUGGGUUUUUUUGUUGUUAAAGCGUAGUGUCCAGCCCAGCUGAGCUGCUGCCCUGCCUUCCCACUGCCCCUUCCUUUGCCUGGUGACCCGGACACUAAGGUUGUGGAAGUCAUCCUGCCUAGGGCACGUGGUCCUCUGGGCAGCGUGUGGUCUAUGCUGUCUGUCCUGGUGUGUGUAUUUGGACAUGCACAAGCACUGUCUGUCCUGGGGUGUGUGUAGGUGUGUGUGUGUGUGCGCGUGUGCGUGCUCGUCUGCAUGUCCUGAAUUCAGAAUCCACAGCCUGGCCAUACUGGAGCUCAGGGGACAUGGGGAGAUAGGAUGGCUCAGGGGUCUGAGCCCCAUGGGUAGGAGAAGGUGGCUUAGGGGUAAAGCUUGAGGUUGGGUUAGCAAUGCUGGGGUUAUGAAGUCUGGCUCUGGGGAGUAUUGGCUAAGCCUGUCCCCCCCCCUGUUUUUUCCUUCAUUUACAAAAUGGGCUCCCCUUAAGACUUGCCAGUGGGAAGUGAAAAAGCAGCAGCAGCCAGCUGGCUCCCAGCCAAAGAGACCCUCACCUUCCCUCAGGGCCCAGGACAAGGGGGCGGGGGAGUCUGGAGAGUUCCCCUGGAGAUGUCUUCUGGGACUUUGGGAUGAGUGGAGGACCUCUGUGUUUUCCCGGAGUGGGGAGAAUAACCCCUGGUCUGGAGUGAGGGCGGGGGGCAGGGGUCUUUAGCUCUGGGGUCCUCACCCCACACUGAGUUUUUAUCAGAUCACUCAGCCUGUCUAAUCAUGCAGCCUGUCUUUUUCCACUCCACCUUCUUGGUGGGCAAAGGGCCCCUGACUGAGGCUUUCCCCCUCCCCAGAUGGGCAUCACUUUCCACUCCCUCCCCCAUCCAGCUGCUACCAUUCUGUUGAAUGUAUAACUGGUAAUGGGACAAAAAGUGGCAACUCUCAAGUCGUCUCCAACUAACCUGACGGGGCCCCUGCGGGAGACCCCUACUCCACUCUCACCCCAUCCUGUGCAAUAAACAUCAGUGCAUUGGCA